CUGCGGGGGCGGGGCUACGCCGCCGAGCCGGAGCGUCGGGGCUGUGGAGGGUGGGGGGCAGACACCGGGCACGGAGCUGCCGCCGCCGCCGCUCCCCUGCGCCAGGCAGAGGCCAGAGGCUGGGCCCUGCUUCCUUCGACAGCCACAGAAGUCUGUGGCAGAUAGUUGAAUCUCAGACCUCCUAAGAGACUGACCACAUCUGUAUUUUCAGAUGCACCCCCAAUUGUGAGCAGCGGAAACCCAUGCAGAUGAGAAGAGGAAGCUCAAGCCCAGUUCCUGACAUGUGAAGAUGAAGUUUAAGCCUGGUUCCAGAAUCUGAGAUGCAGUAGAUGGUGCUGAAGCAACACUGAGGCUUCUGAAAUAUCCACAGUCCAGUGUGUACAUGGAAAGUGCCUCCUGGCUCUGCCAAACACUGAUGGGCCUGUGUCUUCAAGAGAUGCUUUCUGGGACAAGAAAACACUGACUGUGCUUGGUGAGGUUACUUUCAGCUUUUUGGUGAGAUAUAAAUAAUUGAAGAAUGUAGGCCUUCUAUUACUAAGUCUUUGAGUAUAAAUUUACGUAAGUUCUAAAAAUGGGAAGGAUUUUUCUGGAUCACAUUGGUGGCACUCGCCUGUUCUCCUGUGCAAACUGCGACACCAUUCUGACCAAUCGUUCUGAGCUCAUCUCCACUCGUUUUACAGGGGCCACGGGAAGAGCCUUUCUUUUUAACAAGGUGGUAAAUCUGCAAUACAGUGAAGUUCAGGAUCGGGUCAUGCUCACUGGCCGCCACAUGGUUCGAGACGUGAGCUGCAAGAACUGCAACAGCAAACUGGGUUGGAUCUAUGAAUUUGCCACCGAAGACAGCCAGCGCUACAAGGAAGGCCGUGUUAUCCUGGAAAGAGCGUUGGUCCGAGAGAGCGAAGGAUUUGAGGAGCAUGUUCCAUCUGACAAUUCCUGAAGAGACUUGAGUCUCUUCUCAGGUUCUCUUCAAUUGAAACUCAAAAAUAAUAAAUUCAUCAAAAAAAUCUGCUUACAUACACUGUCACCUUAGCAUCAGAGUCGGAUUCAUGGACUACAGAGUGGGAAAGAUUGUGAGAGUAUUUCAGAUGGAACCUUCCUUUCUUUAUUCCUUUUAUAUUUUACUUUCCCUCCAGCAGCUCUUUGUAGAAAGAAUGUUGUGCAGAUGCUGUAAAUUUUUCUCUCUUGCAUUUACAUCUGUUAGAUUUGAUAUUGUAUCUACAGAUACAGCGGGCUAAAAUGAAAAUAUUUGGGGGGGUUGUCUUUUGUUGGAGAGAAAUGCGAUGAGGUUUCUUUUAGUUUGCACAAACUGAUGUCAGCAUAAAGUUAUUUUAAAACUACAGAUUUUUUUAAAAACUAUAUUCCAAUUUUGGAGUUAAGUUUUUAGUUAGUGGUUUUGGUUUAUUUUGGGUUUGUUUGGGUUUUUUUUUACCCAGUUUUUCACCUGAUCUGCUAGCUAAAGUGAAGAGAUCCGAAUUUGUGCUGAGUGCUAAUGGUUCAGUGUUGGUACAGCUUGGGCUGGCCCUUGUGCCAUAUUCUUGUUGAGGUUGAUUGGUAGCACAGAGCCCAUUAUUUCUUGUCGUUCUCGACCCAAAGAUAUCACCAUUCCUUGUUUAUUUGUGAAGUCCCAUUCACCAAGUAAACUGGUGUUGAUUGGAAAAUACUCUUGAAAUAGGGCAAAACUGCUUGGCUUUUUUUUAAACUUUAACUGAUGUAACUUAUAAGCAUAGUAAUAAUAUAAUAGUUGUCUGUUUAGUCUUGCGUUGCUUACGAUUCAAGCUGUGUUUGUAAUGAUAGGAAUCCACUGAGAAACUACUGUUUCAGUAGUGAUUUUUUUUCAUUGCUCUACUAAACUCAAUAAGUAGACAGGGAGUCGCAAAUCUUUAAUUCUUCAAGUAGCUUUCUUUAAACCCAGAACUUCCUAUGUUAAACACAGCUGCUGUGUAAAAGGAAAAGAUUGCCAGCAUGUUUGUUCAUGCCCAGAGUUAUGCAAUCUGCAUCUCUUGAAAAGAUUAACUUAAACAGCUUGUGUUCAAAUGCUGCUUCUGGUGUUGAAACCUUUAUCUUUCAACUUUGUUGAACCUUUUUCAUGGUGAUGUUCCUUUUUUAUCUUUCUGGGCAGCAGUACAUGUCAGCCUAGUAGUAACUAGUGACUUGGAUUCCUGCUUUCUUAUUGUAGAGGUCAGCUCUGUUUGAAAACGUGAACUUGCUUGCCUUUUUAGCAAAAACGCUCUUCAUUAACUUGACUCAAGGGUGCCCAAACACUUUUGUUCUGUCUUAAGUCAUAAGUUAAGAUGUCAAGGGCUGAAAUUUAUUUGAAUGUUAGGUAUGUAUGAUUCCUUAUCAGAGAUACUUUUAUUUUUUUUCUUCUCAUUGGAUAAACUGAGGUCAACAGGAAAAAAGUUACCCACAGGCUUAGAAGAGGGGCAAAAACCCUCCACUCAGCCAAACAGAUCUGGGCUCUGACCUUUCAGAGUAUUUUUCUUCACUAGCCACAGCUCCAUAUCUGAAGUUAAAAUGUGGAGGGUGACUAUGCAGAGUAUUUUUCUUUUACUGUUUUUUGUCACCAAGUGGCAAUUUGGACACCCCUGACUUGUACCUACUGCCUAUUUCAUGUAAAAGUAGCUUUCUUAUAGAAUUGUCACAUAGAAAGAGAACAGAGUAGAUCAUACCAGAGCUGUGCUUGAAUCAAGCUGCUUAAACGAUCGUGUACUUGUGCCUCAAAUGAAUCAGUUUUUGCACUGAGUACAGUAGUACCCCGUUAUCUUGUACUUCUGUCCUUCACAGACCUUUAAAGCCUCAUUAGCAUGGUUCUCUGCAGUACUUUUCUUGUACUUCUGACAUUACAGUACAAUAAAGUAUGUUUUGUCCUGAA